UUGUCAGUGGAAAUAUGCGAUUCGCCGCCUAGCGCCCUCAAACUUUUCUAAAUUCUCGGAGUUAAGAUUUACUGUAUAUUUUGAUUAAUUUCCUAUCGCAUAACAGGAUACAAUAAAAUAAAACAAGUUAUUAACUAAAAUAAAUCGAAAUCUUAAAUAUAAGCAGUUCAAAUGACAAGGUCAAAUAUUGAAUUGGGCGAUGUAACGCCACAUAAUAUUAAGCAACUGAAAAAGCUCAACUCUGUUGUAUUUCCUGUCUCGUACAACGAAAAAUUCUACAUAGAUGUUCUGGAGGCUGGUGAGUUGGCAAAACUGGUAUACUAUAAUGACAUCGUAGUUGGGGCAGUGUGCUGCCGCAUUGAUACUUCCGAGAAUCAACGGCGUCUAUAUAUCAUGACUUUGGGUUGUUUGUCGUCAUAUCGACGUCUCGGCAUCGGCACUGUGAUGUUCCAACAUAUUCUCAAUUACGCUAAAGUAGAUGGAAACUUUGACAGUAUCUUUCUGCACGUGCAAAUUAAUAACGAAGGCGCUAUAGCGUUUUAUAAGAAAUUUGGUUUUGAAAUUGUCGAGACCAAGGAACAUUAUUACAAACGAAUUGAACCUGCGGACGCGUACGUUUUGCAAAAAACAUUGCGAAACACAAAUAGUAAUGCUAGUGGCACUAAUAGUAAUCACAAUCAUAAUCCAGCUCAUAGUAACGGACAUUUGGACAAGAAGGAAAAGAAAGCAUAAUAAGCAGUUGAACAGAGUACAAUUUGCAUUCGCCAACACUGUUUGCUUCUAAGCAGUUUUAGUUAUACCUAAUAAAAAAUACAAUAAAACAAAUCACUUAUUUAAACGAA